GAGGUGCGGGUUUGCCACGUCGGUGUCUGUGCAACGCAUUUACACUGUUGCUCCUGAAACCCGGGGGCUAACUUUUCAAGCCGUUUUUAUGUGUCCACCCGGGAAGGAAGCGACCCCCCAGCAUCGCCGGUGCCGUCUUAGCUCGUCGACACAGCAGUGCAGCCGCGGAUAUUGAAGCUGGACGGCGGAGAAAUGCUCGGUGCUGUCUGGACUCGUAGCCACACAACUGACUGAUGCAUCCUCGCUCACUUCACCCCCCCGUGUGUCGUUGGCCUGGCUGUACAUGGUGGCUCAUUGAGGAGAAGGGGAGGAGUCCCGGCGGCUGUUGGUUGGUGGGCGGCGUCCGCGGUUGCCACCGUAACUGGCGACCAUGCCAGGGGGUCGCAGGGGGCCCAGCAGACAGCAGCUAAGUCGCUCUGCUCUGCCGUCCCUGCAGACUCUGGUUGGAGGCAACCUCGGCAAUGGUACAGGCCUCAGGAACAGGAGCAGUAACUCGGUGGGUCUGUCUGCGCCCCCUCUCUCGGCCCUCAUCACCCCGGAGCCGGUCCGCCACUCGAGGAUCCCCGAGCUGCCGUUGGACAGCAGCCUGCUGUUUGAGUUCCUGCUCUUUCUCUAUUUGCUGGUGGCCUUGUUUGUCCAGUACAUAAACAUCUACAGGACAGUGUGGUGGUAUCCGUACAGUCAUCCUGCUGCCUCUACCUCUCUUAACUUUCAUCUAAUGGACUACCACCUGGCGAUCUUCAUCACAGUCAUGUUGGCCAGGAGGCUUGUUUGGACGAUAGUUUCAGAGGUGUCUCAGAGCAGCGGCGGAUCUCUGCUCCGUUACGUGGUUCUGAUCGCAGCUCGGCUCAGCCUGCUGACCAUGUGCGGCUGGGUGCUCUGCUGGACGCUGGUCAACCUCUGCAAGAACCACUCUGUACUCAACCUCCUCUUCCUGGGAUACCCAUUUGGCGUGUACGUCCCGCUUUGCUGUUUCCAUCAGGAGGGAGGGAAAAGCCAAACGGCACCAGCCGACUGCGAUUACCCCGCCGACCACCAGCAGACCGACCUCGCAGAAACCCCGUUCUUUCGGCCACGUGACUUCCUCUUCCUGUUGCGAGAGAACCUCAGAGAGCAGUUUUCCAGCCCUCCGCACAUGCCUACGCACACCUGCCCACCACACACACACUCACACACACCGGAGUUGAUUCGAACAGAGGUGGAGGAGCUGAAGAGUGACUUCAACCGGCGCAUAAAAGAAGUGCUGUUCAACUCACUGUUCAGUGCUUACUACGUAGCCUUCCUGCCGCUCUGCUUCGUUAAGAGCACCCAGUACUAUGACAUGCGCUGGUCAUGUGAACACCUGAUUAUGGUGUGGAUCAAUGCGUUUGUCAUGCUGAUGAGUCAGCUGCUGCCCCCCAGCUACUGUGACCUGCUUCAUCGCUCGGCAGCUCACCUGGGCCGCUGGCAAAAACUGGAGCACGGCUCGUACAGCAACGCACCUCAGCAUGUGUGGUCAGAAAGUACCAUUUGGCCUCAGGGGGUGUUGGUACGACACAGUCGUUCUCUGUAUAAGGCAGUCGGACCCUAUAAUGUCGCUCUGCCCUCUGAUGUUUCCCAUGCAAGGUUUUAUUUCCUGUUCCACAAGCCAUUGCGGAUCCUGAACCUGCUGAUCUGGAUCGAGUCCAGUGUGGUUUUGUACCAGUUAUACUCUCUGCUGCGCUCCGAGCGCUGGAACCACACUUUGUCUCUGGGCCUUAUUCUCUUCUGCAACUACUAUGUCCUUUUUAAACUGCUGCGAGACCGCAUUGUGCUUGGCAAAGCCUACUCCUACCCCCUGUCCUCCAACAGUCUGGGGCUCAAGUCGCAGUAAAGGCUCGGCACAGCAAGACUUCACCUAUGAACUCUGGACGUGGAGGCGAGCUGGGUGGAGGUCUGGUAAAGUGGAGGACCGGAGAGGUUGAUCAGAGCGUUCACGCUUGGAGGCUAAGGGACAGACUGUGAACUCAUAAUGGUGUUUUGAUACGGUUCUAUUUUUAAUGCAAUGUUUAUAUAUAUACCUAUUUAAAAGAAUAUUUUUAUUUUGUAUACUAUUUCGAGUUACGCCGGGCAUUACCACGCUGACGACAUUAGCAUGUUGUGUUAUGUUGUUGCUAGGCGACAAGGAAGUCAGGGAAUGCCAGGAGGUGACUUUCACCAAAGAUAUUUUAAGUGCAGGUGGCCAAUCACAGAGCGGAGUUGGCCUCUGGCAGUCGGUUAAACCAGACGUGCGAUUCAGAGCAGUGGAAGGAGUUGUGCCUGAGAUGCUGAUUGGACCGUUCCGCUUCAACCCAGAGGCCCUUAAAGCGAAAAUCAAGAAUCAGUAAAACUAAUGCAGCUCUUUUGAGUAGCAGGGUACAAACACAGUCACUGCCCUAAACUAUCUUCAGCAUGUUUUCAACUGUGAUUUUUUUUUAAAGCGGAAGUUCGACUUUUUGGGAAGUCAGCUGAAUCUGUCCAUCAAAUAUCAGGCCGCAGCAUGCAGACAGUUAGCUUAACGUUAGCAAAAUCUCGAACCUCUAAAACUUCCGAAUUAACACGUAAUGCCACAUUUGUUUAAUUAGAAUAAAAAUCUAAGUGUAAAAAUUUCAGUUUACUGUUAAACAGGGGGUUACAUGUUGGGUUAUUUUUGGCUCUGGGCAGUUGCCAGGCAUCCACAGAGACUGCAGUAAGUUUCUGUACCUGGUAAAGAAAUGGUCCCCGUUUGGUGACAUGUUUAUUCGUUUGUAACAGUUGGUCAGAGCCAGGCUAGCUGUUGACUUUUGUUUCCAGUCUGUGCUAAGCUAAGCUAACCCAGCUUCAUAUUUAAUGGACAGAUAAGAGAGCGGUCUAGAUUUUCCCAUCAAACUGUCAAACUUUUGCUUUAAGCGGAGCCUCAGUGUGGAUUUUUACCACCAAGUGGAAUGAAACUUUCCUACAAACUGACUUGAGAUCAGUCUGUAGGAAAAACUCCUUAGGUACACUCUUAUCCACUGCCUCUGCAGAGAAUGCUGUAUUCUUCCUCAUUCACUUUUGUUAAUGUGUUUUUACUAUCUGCUUGUUUCACGUCAUUGGCUGUUUGGAGGGUGGUUGCAGCACCAGUCUUUACAAACUCACACCAGGGUGGCAGCAAAUGAGAGGGCACUGAGAUACUAUUGGGAUCUUUAAACUCAAAGCACACCACAAAAUGUUUAUAAAAGAAACAGCCUGCCCCAGGCUCAUAUUAUCUCGUCAUACAGCCCUGCCUGCCCUGGCUGUUGUUACUUUAAACAUGUAGAGUUUGAAGGGCUGCUGCUGUAACCAGGUGAUGAUUAAAGUCAACUUACUGAUGUCUGACCACACUCUGACAUGCUGAAAUACUUCUUGCUAUGAUAUAGCAUAUGACCCAUUUGUAUUCCUAAAGGUGAUCCAGUCAAUGUUUAUUUUAUUCAACUUUGGUGCCUGAGAGCUUAAACCAUAACGGUAUUGAGGACCACACCAUAUCAGGUCCAUCUCUUUGCAGAUUGGAUGUAGAUAACAGAACGAAUGUGGCUAAUGAAAAAAAGAUAUCUGUCGGUAUGGCCCAGGAGCUGACACAUCUCCCACUGCACGUAGGUCAUUGUCAUGACACUCAUGCGGAUUUGACAGCAGGGGAUGUUUUGAUUGGUGAUGAAUGCAAACUCAAAAGGCUGGAGGACUGAAGGCAUCACCUCAUUACCAGUUCAUGUAUUUUCAGUUACCAGAAUGGUGUUACAAACAGGUUGCCUUGUAUGUCGUUGCCUUUCUGUUAAUACACGCCUGCUAAACAUCAUCUUACUCUGAAGUGGGUUCCUCAUUAGUAGCCGCCUCUCCUUCACUGGCACCAGCCUGUAGUUGGUGCUUAACUUCGGGCAGUAUUAAAGAUGAGCAUCAAGGUUGGAUUGACUGUUCAUGAUUCCAAUAGACUGUAGGGCUGGGUAUCCCAUAAAAACUACAAUGCCAGUACCCUACAAGUGAUACUGAUACCAAUAGUUCGUCAUCAUGUGAAUGGAAGCUUUCAGUUGAGUAAAAAGCCACCAGAUGCCACAGAUAUAUAGUAAAGCCAUACUUUAAAUGUUUAGGUGGCAUCUCAGUAGGUUGACCUGCAAACUCUGUCAAAUACAAGGUGCUUGACUUCACCCCUGCGCAGACUGUAUGGGUUGUAGCUGCUGUGGUGGGCCAAGAAUGCUCGAGGUAAUUGGCUGCAAGCACAACCAUACAAACAGUCUUUUUUUUUCUAUAUCUGGGUACUAAAAGCUUUGAACGCCGCUUUCGUUUGACUACUUGGUACUGGGUUUUUUUGGUCAACGCCCUAAAGAUAUCGAGCACAGAUACCCAGCCCUGAUAAACAUCAAUAGAAAAAGCCUUUUUAUCAAUAUUUUCACAUUACCCGCCUCAGUCAAGUUUCAGGUUGAGUGUCAAUGAGGCGGAGGAAACUACUUUUGAGACGAGCUAGUGUGCUCACAUGUGGAUCGCCGGUGCUGCUUUGUGCCUCAGAAAAAGUAGUUUUGGUUUCACACAAAGGCCAUUGUUCUGCUUUGUCUGCAAACUUGACCCUUAACUCAGCUCCCCAUGGUGCUUCUGCUUUGUGGUUGUUUUCCACUUGAAUGUAGCUAAUUUUUCAACUGAAUGUUGCUGUUGACCUGAAUUGGCAUGAUUUUUUUUUUUUUAAGUUGGUAGCACCAUAGCUGAUAUUUGUAUUUGUUUAAUGGGUAUACUUUCAUGUCACCUCCAACGUUUCUCAGUAACAGAAAGAAGACAUGUUUAAGUUUGCUUUAAAUCCUGCUUCUGUCAGUUCUUACUUGAAUGUUAAGCCCUUGCUCAAGUGACACGUUCUGACUGCUGCCUUUGUUUUGGUGAAACCUGCAAGAUUUAAGUUGAAGGAGAGGAAUGAGAUUCAGAAAGAUUUUAUGUUCUAUAUCCUCUGAACCACAUUGCCCUGAAGUGUACUUGAUCCCUCUCUAGCCUACAUGAUAUUUGGAGACAGGUUUUAAGUAAAUCUUAUUCUCUUGAUGUCCAUCUAAGUCUUCAUAAAAGUUGUCAAAUUGAGUCGCAGAGUUUGUUUUCUAUGUGCCAUACAUAUCCCAGGAUGCAGUUUGAGAGUCCUAGUUGAACCUGUUGUUGAAUGUGUCGCUGCUGGAGAAGUCAUUGGAGCUGGUCCUCACAUUUCGGCUUUUUACACUGUUCAGUUUCCCCACAGCAUUUCUGAAAAUGCCUUUUGACAUCCAAAAUAAAACAAAUGGUGUUUAAACAA